AGCGAGUCCACCAUCACCAUCGUAGGCGCUGGCCCUGUUGGCCUGUAUCUUGCCUAUCUGCUCGGCAGAGACGGCGUCACGGUCCAUGUGUACGAUCAGGAACCCAAGGCGAUUGAGUCGCCGAGAGCAAUUGUCUACCUGGCUCCCACUUUGAACGACUUCCGAAAGUCGGAGAUAUACAAGCACGUCCUCAAAGCCGGUGCCGUAAAUAAGACAGGCCAACAGUGGAGGCGGCGUGAGGAUGGAAGCGUCUUGGCCUCUAUGCCUCCACCUCCGGGAGGCGAGGUCGUGGCCCUCACUAUGGGACAGCAUGAACUUGCAGCCGUCAUCCUCGGACAGUUGGAGAAGCUGAGCUCGGUCAAGGUUCACUUCUCCACAAAGGUGAACCGUUUUGAGGAGACCGCUGACGGUGUGAGGGUCUUAUCUAACAAGCGCACAGAGCGAGAGCAUCUGUCCAAGUUUCUCAUCGGUGCGGACGGAGGUAGAUCUACUGUCCGUAAGCAACUCGAUAUCCCCUUCGAGGGCUAUACCUGGGAAGAUUUCCGCAUGGUCGCUGUAAAUGUUGACUAUGACGUGGAGAAGUACAACGGAUGGGGCGCUGCCAACUUCAUCGUUGACCCAGAGCACUGGGGAGUCGUCGUGUACUCUGGGAAGGGGACGAUUUGGCGUGUAGCCAGUGGUGAACGGCUCAUCAAAGGCAAAGAAGACGACUGGGACGAAGAACUGGAGACGAGGAAUCUUUAUGAAAGGCUCAAGCUGUUGUUCAAGGGACCGACUGAAACGGCCAAGGUGCUUGCCAUGAGCCCCUACAGAAUCCACCAGAGGUGUGCAGGUACCUUUGUCAAGGGUAGGGUAGCAUUAGCCGGAGACGCUGCCCAUCUCAACAACCCGGUCGGAGGUCUAGGUUUGACAACCGGCUUCCUCGAUGCCUCCCUGCUCCAUCGCAAGCUAAGCGACGUCCUGUCAGACAAGGUAAGCUACACAAAGGCUCUGGCUGAAUAUAGCGAUGAGAGGAGGAGGGUCUUCCUUGAGGUGACCAACCCAGUUUCUAUCGCAAACAGGGGAAGAUUGAUCGGCGCUACGGAGGAAGCGAGGAAGGAAAGAGACGAGUAUUUCGCCGCCCUGAACAGAUUUGACCCUGAGUUCUUCAAGAAGUUCAUGAUGACCGAGGCUGCCCUGUCCAGUCAGUAA